AUGAGGACCUCAGAAUCGUCGCAUCAAGGCCUGGUUCAUGGCGUUUAUGGGGAUGCUUCCCUUUUUGCCAAUCUUCCCAUGGACAACUUGGACCUGUUGAUAGCCUUGCUGAAGAACGACUUGAACGCCUUGGCCAAAUGCGCCAGCACGUGCCGCUUCUGGAAGGCUGAAAUGCAGGAUGCACUAUUUCGCGCUUGGCAUUGCCGUGCUUGCAAAACAAAGCUGCUGCAUCGCCGAGCUGUGCGUCGCUUUAAUGAAGCUUGCUUUCAGGAUGGUCCAGCCCUGGUGUGCGAAGUAAACGAUGAGGGCAUGGGCUUAAGUGGAGCGGAGACGAUGAAGAGCUUCGAUGGUUCUGGUGCCUUUGAGGCCUUUCGAUUCACACGGAGCCGAAAGAAAGAAAAUCCAAUCUGCUUGGAACAGGUCUUGGCACAGUUCCCAGGGCACGACAGAAUUCGUCAGUCGCAUUUCAUCUACUGCAGGGCGUGCCAACGAUUUCUGGGAUGUCGUUUGCAGAUGACAAGAGAACCAUUUGAAACUCCACUAGGUUUGGACAUUCUACUCUUGUGUUUUCCAUACCUUCUUGAACUUGACGCAGAAGGUAUACCUGUGAGGAAGCUCGAGCAUGAAACCAUUUUCCACUGCUCCGGACGUUUGAGCAACGGAGUGUGUGGUGCCAGUCUCUUUAGGCAAGAUUCAGUGCUUUCAGAACGACACGCAUGGAGAAAGCCCGAAUCGAGGAGAGUAGAGCCGGCAUGGUACAUCAACAAUUUUUUCAUUGAAGCUGUCAAUGUCGGACGUCCUUCCUGUAGUCAUCUUGCACAAGGUGUGAUGGAAACAGCUACUGUGUGGUGUUCCAAGUGCGAGGCUACUGUUGGCUGGAAAUUUGUGAAAGAUCUAUGCUCAAAGAAGCCAAAUGUUCACUACGUCCAUCGGUUUGGUGUAUGUGAGUCUUCUGUCUUGGAGCUUGCAGCAGGAAAUGCGUCAGGGGACACUGUGGACACUGACGAACAAUCACUGGCACUUGACAUGGAAGAAGAAAAUGAAGAAAAUGAAGAAAAUGAAGAAGAUGAAGAAGAUGAAGAUUCCGAAGAGGAUGAAAGCAGUGAGGAUUUGUCUCCGGAUGGCCUCAAAGAUGACGCCAGUCAGGAAGUUUACUUGGAGGUCUUUCUGGCAGGUGAGCAAAGCACAGGUCUUUUGACAGCUGCUGGAGCUGCCUUGACAUCACCUGCGGCCUUGACGCCAGUCGGCCAGGAGUGGUUCGUGACCAUUGAUGCGAGCAGUUUGACGGCUGGAAAGUAUUACCUUCUUUGUCAGCUGCCUCAGGAUGUGCAGCUUAUAGGUGUGGAUUUGUUUGGAGUCCAGCUUAGCUUGCAAUCUUGCAAUCCCAUGGCAGAAAGCAUUGCCCCUCCUGGCUGCACGGGCUUCAUGGUUUUCGCGUCCAGCUUGAGUGCGAGCACGCAGACAGUGGGGUUUGCAGGAAGCCAGCUGGUUACGUUUUCUUGCGCUUCUGGCUGCAUGUCCAGCUCCUCCGUGUAUUUGGCCCGAGAUUGCUCGACAGGCUAUGGAGGUCCCACGACGAUGCCAACUCCCAUGGUUGCAACGCAUGGCAAUCUUUGGACUGCUCUGCAGCAGGCUGAUGCGCUGAUCAGCGGCUUUCGCUAUCAGAUGUGUGUAGACAUGGACGGCUCUGGAAUUUUGCCAACUGGGCCCUCAGGGGUGGUGGUCUACGUGUCGGGGGUCUCUCGUAUAUUUCCAAGCUACGUGACCGAUGACGGUGAACAACAAGUGGUUUUGGAGUGCGGCGAGGAGAUGCCUUGCAGGGCUUCUCGAGCACGACUUGUACGUGACUCCUGCAGCUCAAAUACUAGUGAUGCAACAGAGUGGCGCUCCAUUUCUGCAGGUGUCAAUGGCAGCAUUUUGAACGUUUUGACAGAUGCUUUGGUGGCCGGUGCUCAUUAUGUCUUGUGCACCGAAAUGGAAGCUCCCAGUGAAAGCUUUUUGGCUAACGAAACCCUGGAUGUGGGCGAUUCGGGCUUCACUUUGUACGUGUCGCCUGUGCAGGGUUUCGAGCCAAUGAUUCUGCUUCCAAGCCAGCAGCAGGUCUUGACUUUGAAUUGCACAAGCUCUGCGAACUGCACCUCCAAGACCCAAGGCUUCUUGAGUCAAAGCUGUGGAUCUGGUGGACUGCUGGCUCCGAUGAUCAAUGAGAUGGCGGAUCGCACAUCAGCUGCUACGCUGGAAGUUGAAAACGAGAUGGCCCAAUGGCGCCUGACAUUGGACACGUCCCAGCUCAUUCCAGGACGGCAUUACAAACUCUGCGUGGACAUGGAUGGCGCUGAGAAUUCUUUCCAGCCAGGACAGUCUUCACCUAUCCAGGUGUUCAUCUCUCCAGUCUUACCCGCAGAUGUCCAAACCGUGAAGACCAUCCAGGAUCAAAGCAUCAGCAUGCAGUGUGUCAAUGGGGCAGCCUGCUCCACUACCUCUGUGUGGUACCUGACAACCGGGUCAUGUGGAGAACCAGCGGAUGCUUCGCUGCAGCCGCAGCCCAUGUCCCCAGUCCAGGCGGUUGGGCGUUUGGCUUUCGGUGGCCAGGCAGGGCAUUGGAUGGCCCAGCUCGACGGUCGACAGCUUCAAGCAGGAGUCCACUAUCGGUUAUGUCUCGAUCUUGACAGUGCUGGUGCACUUUGGGCUGGAGAUACGGGUCUCGAGGUCUACGCUUCCGGCAUCCUAUCCUUGGCGCCUGCGCAGAUUCUGAUCUCUGCCACAGAGAGGGUGAACUUGACGUGUGUGGCUGGUGGAUGCCUGUCUGGGGCGGUGCUUUGGCUGGCCAGUGGAUGUGAGACUCCUUUGACAUCGCUGGAGUCGUUGGUGAGCAUCCAAGCAACAGAGGCGGCAGUGGUUUUUGACACCACGUCGGUUCAAGCGGGACAGUGGCUGGAGCUAUGCAGUGAUCUGGAUGGGCAAGGAAGUUUGCGACAUGGUAGCACAGGGCUGUAUGUCUACAUUUCAGGCGUCCUCGCUGUGAACGAUCCCUGGAUACAAACAUGGGUCGGCCGCCUCACCCUACUUUGUGCCACAUCUGCGUGCAGCUCCGCAGCAGAGGCCUUCUUGGCCCUUGAUUGUGCAAGCCGACCAGGGCAGGUCAUACAGACUCCGGCAGCUCAGCUUCAAGAUCUGCCAGACUUGUACGAGGAUGAAGAGAUAAGCAGUGCGGCUGAGAGAAAAGAGGUAGUUCUCAAUUUGCAGAAUCUGGUUCCUGGAGUUCAUUACAGGCUUUGUACAGACUUGGACGGAUCAGGUCCCAUGACGACUUUCUAUUCCGGUUUCGAUGUCUACGUCACAAGUCUUCGUCAAGCUACCCCGGACUUGGUGGUGAAGGGCAAGGUCCAGCAAUCAGUCCUUCUCGAAUGCGAUCCCAGCGGUUGUCCUCCAAACACGGCGGAGGCAUUUGCGGCUGACAAUUGCAGCACCAACAUCCCUCCAAACGGCGCAAGGCUGAUGCAACCUUCAAGUGGAACGCUGCAAAGGAUUGCCACAGUCGAUGCUAGCACCUUGAGCUCUAGGUGGUACAAUCUUUGUAUAGACGUGGAUGGCCAGGCAUCUUCUGGACUUCAAGCUGGGGCGGUAGGCAACCUCUUCGUGAGCCCUAUCAGCCAGAUCUUUCCACUCACUCUGGGGGUGGCCGGAAAACACCCAGUGGAGAUUGAAUGCAGCACGUGCACGGAAGAGACGCAAGUGUUCCUGUCGUUGACGUGCUCGCUGCAAAAUGCCUCCAACGUCACAGCAUUGUUGCCACCAGUACAGUCCAACUCAUGGACUGCAAUGUUGACCACAUACCACACGGAACCUGGUUUGUUCUAUCAGCUGUGCGUCGUGGUGGAGAAUGUGACAGGGCCAUCAGGUGAAGCCGUUUUCGUGGCCCCGGACGUGAGCUUGCAACAGGAAGCCAUUCUCCGGAAUCAGAUGCAGCUCAUCAGUCUUGACUGCAAGCAGGGCUGCGCAUCUCUAACACAUGUGACCUUGGCCACAGAGUGCUCCCGAUGGGACACCAUGCAGCAGGUGCCCGUUCUUUCCAGCAAUGUCAUUUCUUCUCCUACGGCGCUUGCAAUAAGCAGUGGAGGUGUCCUCCUAGCCAGCUUGGACGCAUCCACAAUGCCUGCUGGGCAAAUCCUUACCUUGUGCCUUGGGAACCAGGACAGGGCGAUGGGAGACAGUGGCCUGUCCUUAUUCGUGUCGCCAAUCUCUGCAACCUCUACAUCCGUGAUUUUCAGUGCUCCUUCCCAAUCUCUGCAAUUAAACUGCACAGGCUGCAGCACCCUCUCAGAGGUCUACCUGGCACUGAACUGCAGCGUAAAUGCCUCCAGUGCGGCAAACAGGACAGCUGCAGCUCCUCUCACUGCCUCUGGAGGCGGAUACCAAUGGGCUGCUCAGUUGGAUGCUACUCACCUGGAGCCUGGCAUCCACUACGAGAUUUGCAUUGAUUUGGAUGGUGAAGAGCUCACAGACUUCCCCAGCGGGAAAGCUAUGUGGCAAGUCUAUGCAUCAGCAUUUUCCUCUCCUGGGCACUUCUCACUGCCACUGUCACCCAGUUCGCAGUUGAAGGUGCCCUGCCUUGGUUGCUCCUCAGCACAAGGCUUCUUGGCAGACAGCUGCCCUUCGAGGAAUCUACAGCCAGAGGAUGCCAUGAACUAUUCGAAUGCAUCCAGGUUUAGUGAUGCAUGUCUUGGUGGCUCCGAAGCUGCAACUGAUGCGACAUCUUUCGUGACCUCCGGGGAGGAGUUUGUUCUUCAACUGGACACCUGUUCACUGGCUCCAGGGUCGCAUUUGCCCCUGUGCACCGACAUGGAUGGCUUCAGCUCAAGGCUUGAAAUCGGAGACUCCGGUAUUGAAGUCUAUGUUAGUCCAUUGACAUCAACGGUGGGACCAUCAAGGCUGGUCAAGGGGCAGAGCUCGGUUCUUACCGUGGCUUGCACAGGCUGUAUUAGUGGUCUUUCAACAGCCCAGCUGGCCAUAGCAUGCGACGAGUCACCGAAUGCUGUGCCUCUUGCUAUCUCGCCCAACAGCACCAGCGCGGUUCAGCUGCAAGAAGGUUCGCAAGGUUUCACAGCCAGCUUUGACACCCGCGGCUUGGGGAGCGGCCGUCAAUAUCGGGUAUGCUUGGACUUAGAUGGUGCUGGAACGCAAUACCGAGCUGGUGACUCCGGGAUCUCUAUGUACCUGACGGCUAUUGCAUCAAUCAGCUUCGAUGAAAGAGAAGAGUCUGAACCUUCACAGUUUGGUCGGAGACUGGCAUCAGUGGCAGCUGGUAGAGUUCUUGAGCUGGUCAUGUUGUGCUUGCCUGGUGGUGGUGGCUGUGGCACUGAGUCAGAGGGCUUUUUGUCGCUCAUGGGCGAAUGCACGCCGAUCUCCCCAGCACAGCAGCUGCAGAAACUCCCAUCCUUCUAUGGUUUGGCUUACGAACGCUUCGGCUUGAAUUUGAGCACUGCAGCGUUGCCAGCAGGUUAUACCUAUCAGAUUUGUGUUGAUGCAGACGGGCCUGGAAUUAUUUUUCCAGCUGGUGAGACAGGAUACACCAUCUACAUUUCUCCCGUACGGAUGGCAGUCUCCUGGGGCUCAGUGCUGCGGCUGGUCUGCGAACCUGGUGGUUGCGGCUCCAGUACGUCGGGCUUUUUGGCAGCAGACUGCACAGAUUCGACAAAGCCGAUGGGUGCGAUGGGCCCCAUGUACGGAGUUGCUGGCCGUCCAAAGCCAUGGCCAGAAAUUCUCUACCUUACCAACGAGAGUGCCAUGGUCACGGCGGAGCACUGGGAGUCGUCCAUCGAUGCACCACCAGGGCACCCGAUGAGACUUUGCCUUGAUGUGGAUGGCAGUGGGCCUAUGCCUGUAGGCGAUGCACGAGGCAUCUACACAUCCUCCGUACAGGAGCUUUUCACUCAUGGAGUGCCGCAGGGUUUGGAUGAAGUUAUCACUUUGGCUUGCCACGCUACUGGAAGCUGUUCAGAAAUGACGCAGGCUUAUCUGGCCAAAAGCUGCGACAUCCACGACUUGGAUGCAGGAACCAUUGAGGUCCUGGGCGAACAGACAGCUUGCAGUUUCCUGGUGCCAGACAACUCUUCUGAGGCGGCAAACGAAACUGAAGUCUUUUCUGUACAUUUACGGACAGAUGGAUUUGCAGCGGGAUGGCACUACAGGCUCUGCAUGGAUCUUGAUGGUUCGGCACUGACAAUGCCAAUGGGCGACACACUCCACCAGGUGUAUCUGAGCCCGGUGAGAGAGGUUGAACUCAUGAAGUCAGCUGGGUAUGUCCAGCUCCGUUUCAACUGCUCUGAAUGCUCGCAGCUGUCUGAGGGCUUCCUGGCGCUGGACUGUUACGAAGGAGCUCUGGCGCUUCAACCUGUGAACGGAAACGUGAGCGAGGACCGUGGUUGAUCCGGCCAACUUCACAGGGGCAAGAUAUACAGGGUCCAGUGCUUUCACCUUGGACGCCUUGAGCGGGAACUGGACACUGGGAAUCUCUACCCAAACCUUGCAAGGAGGAGUUAGGUACAGGUUUUGCAUGGACUUGGAUGGCACGGAGCGGCAGUACUUGGUUGGAGACACAGGUCUUACUAUCUUCAUUAGCCCCGUCACAGAUGUGCGACCGGCUGUCGUGGCUGCCAGCAAUUCUUCCCUAACACUCCUUUGCCAAAGAGGAGGAUGCAGCUUCUUAUUGCACUCCUACCUUGCACGAGACUGCCAAGCUCCGCCCUCUCCAAGCCAAUGUAGCUAUGUGCAAGAGGACGUUGACGAGAUCAACGAAUCCAACGACACCAACGUGACGAAUGAGUCCAAUGUGACACAGCUCGUUGAUCCCCAACUGGGUCCUCCCAUCCAGGUUGAGUCGAGUCCAUUGAGCGUCAUCAACGCUCUUGGAAGCGCUGAAUUCCGUGCCGAUUUGGACUUGACAUGUACAAAGCCAGGGCGAUAUCGUUUGUGCAUCGUAGGCCAAGAAGAGACGAUGUUUGGCGCUGCUACACACAUCGAGGAUUCUGGUUUCUACAUCGAUGUCGCUUGAGACCGCACUGUGCGGGAAGGCCCUUGGCCAGAUCUUCUUUAGCUAUACUAUAGCUUCCUGUAGUUUUCUGUGAGGAGAUACUUGCGAUGGAUCUGGGCUGGCGCUGGCCCUUCCGUC